AUGACAUUUGCACACGGGGCCGGCAGUUACGUUUUCGUUCUCUUCGACAACUUCAGCGGAAACUUUCCUCUGCUCAUCAUCGCCUUCUUCGAGUGCAUUGGGGUGUCCUACGUGUAUGGAAUAAAAAGGUUUGCCGAUGACAUCGAACUAAUGACGGGUAACCGACCAGGCUUGUACUGGCUGAUCUGCUGGAAGUACCUCAGUCCAUUGGCAAUGCUCAGUAUUUUGGUAGCCUCGGUCAUCGAGAUAGUGGUCGAUGGUAGCGGUUACCAGGCCUGGGUACCAAGCAAAGGCAUCACCGAAAGGCACGAGUGGCCUUUCUGGGCACUGAUGCUCAUCGCCUUUCUCAUUCUCGCCUCCAUACUCUGGAUUCCUGCGGUGGCCAUUUGCAGAAAUUGGUACAAAAUGAACAAGGAAAGGCUUAAAAACAUGUUUGAUCCUCGCGGCAGAUUAUUCAACAUCCUGAUAAUCGAGGACAACGAGAAGGCCUGGUUCCCGGCGGCCGAUCUCAAGGAGUUCCACGGCAUAAUGCCCCACGAGGUCACGGUCACCGAGAGCCUGCUCUUCUGCAUCAGGGACGACGGCUCCGAAGGCCUGUGCUGUCCCACCGGUAGACCCGACGACGACGACGAGGAAGAAGACACCGAUCUCACCUAA